AUGAAAAAAUUUAAGUCUAACGUAGCUAACCUUAAUCAUAUAUAUCUUAGUAAAUGGCUUAUAUAUUACUAUGAAGCUUGGUCAUAUAAUAAGUCUCAAUCGAUUUUACGUGAGUAUGAAAAUUUUCGAAGGGGCGCUUUUCCUUUUGAUGAUCAGUCAAUUAAUCAUUUCAAAGAUGGUGUUUUUGAGUUUUGGUCCUGGGCUACACUGACUACAAAAGAGCUUGCAUUUGUAGCACAAAAAAUAUUUGGAAUUUGCAUAAAUGCAGCUUUACUUCAGGCCUCUAUUACUUAUCAACAUCAGUUGGAUGAUAAGGAGUUAUGUAAUUCUGAAGAAGAAUCCGAAGCCGAACUCUCUUCUGAUAUUGAAGAACUCUCUUCUGAUAUUGAAGAACAACCAUCUAAUAAAAAAGAUUGUGAAGAAUUGAAAGGAUUAAAGAAUGAUGAGGACUUAAACGAAUAUGUUGAAAAUUUUAAUGGUUUUGUUGAUGAGUGGGAAGAAUUACUUGAUCAAGAAGAAAAAGUGCAAAGAGAUGCAGAUGCCGAUUUGAAUUAUGAUCUAGAAGUGGAUAUCAAUGAUUAUCUACUUAAUCAAACACAUCCUGCAAUGAAAAUUGAAGCUAAAUGGAAUAUUUGUGAAAUAUUUAUUGAUG